GGUAUAGCUAGACUCUAGUUAAAAAAAGAAGACGAUACUUGAAGUGACCCACAUGUAUGCCAGUUAGACAAUACAAAUCUUGGUAAACAAGGUCUAUAUCACAGUAAGACCAGCCUCCUGGGCUAACGCGGUGUCAUUUCUCAUCUUCAACUUCAGGGCUGAGAUAACAUGCCCGAAAUAAAAGUAACACCACUGGGUGCUGGGCAGGAUGUCGGCCGCAGCUGCAUCCUCGUCUCUAUUGGAGGCAAAAACAUAAUGCUCGAUUGUGGGAUGCACAUGGGAUACAAUGAUGAUAGACGUUUCCCUGACUUUUCUUACAUAACUCAGAAUGGGCGUCUUACUGAGUUUCUGGACUGUGUGAUCAUCAGCCAUUUCCACUUGGACCAUUGUGGCGCUCUGCCCUUCAUGAGUGAGAUGGUGGGCUACGAUGGACCCAUCUACAUGACCCAUCCGACCAAGGCCAUCUGUCCCAUUUUGCUGGAGGACUUUCGGAAGAUCACUGUCGACAAAAAGGGAGAAACCAACUUCUUUACCUCGCAGAUGAUCAAGGACUGCAUGAAGAAAGUGGUACCUUUGAACCUGCAUCAAACCGUCCAGGUGGAUGAUGAGCUGGAGAUCAAGGCGUACUAUGCAGGUCAUGUCCUGGGUGCUGCCAUGGUGCACAUCAAAGUGGGAUCAGAGUCUGUGGUCUACACUGGAGACUACAACAUGACACCUGACAGGCAUUUAGGUGCAGCAUGGAUCGACAAGUGCCGUCCAGACCUCCUCAUCUCAGAGUCCACAUAUGCCACCACCAUCCGCGACUCAAAGAGAUGCAGAGAGAGAGACUUUUUGAAGAAAGUGCAUGAAAGCAUAGAAAGAGGAGGAAAGGUUCUCAUUCCCGUUUUUGCUCUCGGAAGGGCACAAGAACUCUGCAUCCUUUUGGAAACGUUUUGGGAGAGAAUGAACCUAAAGGCCCCGAUCUACUUCUCCACUGGGCUGACGGAGAAAGCCAAUCAUUAUUACAAGCUUUUCAUUACAUGGACCAACCAGAAGAUUCGAAAAACCUUUGUACAGAGAAACAUGUUUGAAUUUAAGCACAUCAAGGCUUUUGAUCGUUCCUAUGCUGAUAACCCUGGACCUAUGGUGGUGUUUGCCACACCGGGUAUGCUGCAUGCUGGCCAGUCUUUGCAAAUCUUCAAGAAAUGGGCUGGUAAUGAGAAAAAUAUGGUAAUCAUGCCCGGGUAUUGUGUACAAGGAACAAUCGGUCACAAGAUCCUAAAUGGGCAGAGGAAACUGGAAAUGGAAGGCAGAUCAACAUUGGAUGUGAAGCUACAGGUGGAGUACAUGUCCUUCAGUGCCCAUGCAGACGCCAAGGGCAUCAUGCAGCUGAUUCGCAUGGCUGAGCCUCGAAACAUGCUGCUGGUACACGGGGAGGCGGUAAAAAUGGAGUUCCUCAAGGGCAAGAUUGAACAGGAGUUCAGCAUAGAUUGCCACAUGCCAGCCAACGGAGAGACGGUGGCUGUCACAACGAAUCCCAGCGUGCCUGUGGACAUCUCACUCAACCUGCUCAAGCGAGAGAUGGCUCUCGGAGGGCCGCUUCCUGAUCCCAAAAAGCCUCGCACCAUGCAUGGAACCCUGAUCAUGAAAGAAAACAGUCUGAAGCUGGUGUCCUCGGAGCAGGCCCUGAAGGAGCUGGGCCUCAACGAACAUCAGCUCCGCUUCACCUGCCGCGUGCAGCUCCAAGACCCGCACAGCGACUCUGAUACACUUAACAGAAUCUACACACACCUCAAGAGCGUGUUAAAGGGUUCCACCAUACAGCAUCUGCCCGACGGUACGGUCAUGGUGGAGUCGAUUGUCAUCAAAGUCUCCUCCUGUGCUGAAGACGCCAACACCAAGGUUUUGCUACUUUCCUGGAGUUAUCAGGACGAGGACCUGGGCAGCUUCCUUUCAACUCUGCUGAAAAAGGGCCUUCCAUCUGGCAUCUGCUGAACUAUCUUUUGCUUCAAAAACAACAACAUUUAAAGGAAAGUUCUCACUAAAAAUAAUUAAUGUACCUCAACUCCUUUUAAACCUGGAAGUGCAGAGGAUUCCAUACUUUGUACCUGUAAACUUUAAACCGACUGCCUUGUAAUGUUGGAAUAUCUAAUGGACCCAUUCUUCUUCAAGGGACGUAGGCCACUCUUUCAUGGACUUGUUAACUGAAGAGCACAAGCACAAGGAAGUU